AUGACGAAGACCAAGACCAACAACGGCAAAGUGGCGAUUCGCCUCAAGUCAGCACUGGCGCGGAUCACGCUUACCCCGCACACGCUCGCCUUCUUCCUGCUCAGCGUGAUCCACUGCCUCGCGCAGGGCCUCACCGCCGCGUUCCUGUACUCGGAGGACGCGAGCACGUCCGCGUUCGUGUUCAACAUCCUGCACACCGCGCAGGUACCGCGAAACGAGGUCGCGCGGCUCUUCCGGCACGGGGACGACCUCACCCUCAAGCUCUGCACGGCGGCGCCGAUCGGAGACGUGUAUAAAGAUUGUACGACUAUCUGGGACACCAGCAUGACUUUGAACACCACGGGCGCAUUUGUUCCUAGGUUCGCCGAUGUAGAGGAUCUGGUGUUUUUGGAUGCGCCCUCCACCAUCGCCCGCAGGGCAUUUGACGGCUCUUCGCUGACAGCCAUCCCCGAUCCUAAGACGGGAAAGAUCGCAGCUGUCGAAUUAGUCUACAACAACGGCGCUGACUCGGUCGAACUUAGCGAGCAGUGCGCGCGCAUGCUAGAGUAUCCAGGGAGAAUCCUGGACAACUCCCAGAGAGAGGACCUCGCACUGAUCGGUUCUCAAUUUUGGCUGCUCGGGAUAUCAACUUUCGGCAUCUUGUACAACUCCAUACCGCAUAUUUGGGCGGUAGUCUUCGCUCGGGUGAUGCAGACUGCAUGGGCGACAUACACCAUCUGGCGCACGACCGACGUGCAGUUCAGAUACAAGACCCUUAUUGUCGGGGACAACACACCCUGUCAUUUCGACUUCAUGCCCUCUUACUUCAGCACGCGCCUGGCCCUCCAGAUCCCCGAACUGGUGCUCAAUGUCACCGCGUUGCUAUCCACUUCUUUCCUCGCAUGGCAUAUCGUGAAGGGUUACAGCUGCUCCACGAUUCGCCGCGUGGGCCCACCUCCGCGCGUGAUGCGCCUGUACAAGUUUUUCUUGAUCAACUCGAUGUUCCUCCAGCUCUCGCUGUUUUUCACCGUCACCGCCAUCAGUCUCUGGAUCGACCAGCUGCGCAACAGCGAGAUCGCGGUGUUGGCGCAGCAUGCACCUCUCUACUAUACUUUAUUCGUCUUCACGGUCGUGACGAUUGUACCAUGGAUCGUCAUAGGCUGGUUUGCCGUCCGGCGCGAGAAGAAGCUGCUCAUGGCGGGAUUCCUCUUCCUCAACGUGUUCUACAUCGUCGGAUGGAGUGCCAUGUUCAAGGCGCAGGUGUACACCUGGACGUUCAUCGAGUGGCCCUUCUUCGGCUGCAUGACGAUCGUGUCCUUCAUGGUCCUCGUCGGCGCGCUUGUCUUCGGCAUCAUCUGCUGGACUGGCUUCGACCAGGGGCUUUCCCACUACCUACACGUCGAGGCGGUGCUCACAGACUCGGAUUUCGACGCGGACGUGUUCACGAACGACACGGAGAAGUCGCCGAAGGCCGGGAGCCCCGUCAUCCGCUGCCCGAGCGCGCUCGCGGACCCGUUCCCAGAAGGCGUCCCCGCGGUCAAGAAGGACGGGAACUGGGAUUUCGCGGACGUCGACCGCCCGCGCAUCUACAUGGUCGACUUCGAGGAGACCAAGUCCUCUGGAUCCUACGCUCUGCCGCAGUGA